CUUAUCUUAUGUAGUGAGUUUCUAGGGCCGGGUGAUGUGGGGCUUGUGCGGCAAUGUUUGAACAGGGAUGAUUAACCUCAAUUGGCGUUGGGAUUUCUGAUAGGACGGACCUUCUUGGUCACUUUAUCUGGACUAACGACGGACACUUUGGCACAUGAUGAAUAGAAGAUAAAGAUGCAAUGAUGAUCUUCGUGAAUGCAGUCCGUUUCCCCGCCGUUUUGCUGGUAAUAUUGACAUUGACUUUGACCUCGAUGGAAGCUACAAACAUCACGCGAUCCCCGGGAACUAAAUUACUUUUAACAACAACUCCAACGGUUUAUAACCAAAUCACUCCUAAAGACUUAAAUGACUUAAAAGCAACUUCAAACGAUGUCCGCGGGAACAAAACUGUUAACAAGGUCAUCAGCGAAUCCGACAGUUGUCGUAUCAAGCCAUUCGAUAGAGAGCAAGUCCAGUAUCUUCGAUACUCUGUUAUGUACAUAUUUGAAAUUCAAAUAUAUAAUGAGUCUGAUGAUCCGCUAAGAACGGACAAAUCUCGGACAUAUAAGCCGUGGAAAUGGUACAGGACGACGUCAGAGCACGGCAAGACGUUAUUGACGUUAUCAUUCAACUAUGACAUCCUUUCAAUGUCCAUUUUGACCAUUGGUGUUCAAAGGGUACCUCUGAAAAUCAAAGACGUCCCAGAGGGCUGUUUUAAAUCACUAACACCUGAAGAAAGGGUAGCAAUGAUUCGUCACAAAGUGUUUGAUAACUUUAAGAAAAGAAAAUCGCGCCGAAAUACACCAGCAGACGACGAAGAAGAACUUGAAUACGAGGUUACCCAGCCUGAAGUGACUUAUGUGUGUAACGAGAUUGUGCGAGAUGUGCUUGGCAAAGCGGUGUUUGCUAACCGAUGUUGUGCGAGGGACGCCGAAGGUGACGUCACAUGUUCCGAGCAGGAGGACAAUUUGUGGAUAACCGUGUUGUACAUCUGCAUAUUUCUGGUAAAACUAAUGUUGUUCAUGUUUUGUCCACUUCUGGUGCCAUCCAACAUGUAUACAGCCUCUUAUGUCGCGUCAGAAUACGUCGUGAAACUCGCAAAGGAGCUGAAAUUCAAAAUGUUCGUCAGUGAAAGCACGACAACUUCUGUUCGGUACAAACAUAGGUUUACCCUUGACGAUAUAUCAGAAUGGCAUCGACUCAGAGAGUGCGUUGAAAAUUUUCCUCUAGACGAAAUAGUUGAUGUGAAAAUGCCUGAAUUACGGAUUAAGGUUAAAGGCAAGCGAAUUAUUCCAGCGAACGAGCCGCCGACAGGAUUAAUGCGGACGAUAUACGAUAAUUUAAUAAGAUGCAAAAUCCGGCGUCUUGAGCCUUUUAAAGCAUGCUGCGAUAAAAGCAUAUAUGCGUCAUUGGCGCCCUUAUUUAAGCACACUUGCACGUGGGAAAAUCUUGUGUUGAUGAUAAUUAAAAUAAUAUGUUUAUUAUUGGUCCCAGCUCCGUUUUAUCUCAGAACGUUCAUUUAUUACAAGUUUGAAAAAGAGGAAAUCGACGCAAGGAAGGAACUUAUAAACGAACUAGGCCUUGUACGGACUUUUAAUCCAUUCCGUUCAAACAUAGUUCAGUAUUUGUCACCCACACACUCGCUGUUUAUAAGUGCAUAUUCAGUGUACAUCAUAUCAGGCAUGGUGAUAGGGUUUUCCGCAGACGCCACAAGAGACAAACUGAAGGCCAUAGUGAGGUCAGCCUUCCAUGAUAUGCAAAAUGUGUCAAGAACUAACGUGCUACAAGAGGUCAUAGGUUUCCUGCUGUGGCCAUUCCGCAAGAUGGGCUUAUUUGCCUUGAUCUCGUGUCCAAUCAUAAGCGCCGUCACAGCGCCCCUCUGGACCAUACUAUUUGUGCUAUACUGUGUCCCAACCGUGUAUCUAGGCUACAGACUACUAUUCCAUAUUCGAAAGAGACUCGGCAGUGACAAUGACUUCUUUGAUUCAGGCAAACCUUUAGGAAAAGCCAAGCGAACAGCGUACAAGUUCCACAAACACCUUGCAAAAAUUGACAAGAAUGUUCACAUUACUAGAACCACCUUUUCCGAAGAAGAAGGGCAAAGUCCUUGUAUCACCGGAUUCGGCCGCUUGGCGGCGCUACGACGACUGCUCGUGCAGAUGCUUGUCAGCCUUUUCUUUCUCGUGGUUCUGCUUGCGUCCGUUUUACUCUUUGUGGAGGCUGCCGGGGUCAUUGUGGAGGUGUUGGUCUUCACAAUGAUGGGAAUCAUCGUUAACGCUGGUUCCACGUUACGUUACGUCAGCAUGGCGUUGUUGGUGAUCGUCUACAUGCAUAGUUGCUACGAUAAUGUGUACGAGAACUACCUGAUGUUUAACAAUACGAUUAUCGACGCGGUUAUGGAUAAGGUGGAGGACCUGAAGAAGGUGGCCAGCCUACCGUCCAGUAUGCAGGAAAACAUGGCUUUCCCGGUUAAGCCAGUGGAAGCUGUGGAUGAAAUACCAACAACACUUAACUUAGAAAAGAAAGAUGCUCAGUGGAGAAUUGGCCAUCUUGUGCUAUUUUUAGACUCAAAUGAUACUCCAAGAAUUCCAUUGAACUUAUUCAAACUCUUGUGUGAAGUCAGAGUACACGGGGCGCCCGGGCCGAUCUAUAUAAACCUUCUUAAGGCGACGGGCAAGUUCUCCAUAAUUGUUGUAUUCUUGUUCUUCGUUAUGAUCGUCGUAAUGGCAUUUGGAAGCGCAAACCAAAUGUCCUCGACCAAUCAGACACUAGCAACCCUCGCGGGUGGAUUUGUUCCAAUGCUUCUGAAAAACGUACUGUCCAGUAAAGGCACGAAAUUAAACCUCAAAACGUUGAGUUUUAAAGGCCAAAUUGAUGAAAUUGUGUCAGAAUAUAAACAAGGAUGGCCCAUCUAUGACAUGAUCAUUGAAAGGUAUGAUCCAAACGCUGUCGAUGAACCUGUAGAAGGGGAAGAUAAAGAUAAGGACAAACCCGGCGGCGAUGAUAAAGACAAUGCAAAGAAACCCGAUGCCGAAAAGGAUAGCAAAGAAAACAAUGAAACAGAAAACAAAGAAGAGCGGAAUGGUAAAGAGACACUUGGUAAAGUGCCAUCGUUUCCGACACUUGGGAACACAUUGCUUCCCGCGGGCGCGUUCUCGGAAAGCCUUGAACACCUUCGGCCCGUUGGCAUAGAGAAGGAAGGGCCAGCGUGGUUCCGGCGGAUGUCCAUUAAUCCUAUAGAAGACAAUCAGGUGGAUAUCUUUGUUGACCUGAGUGUGAGUCAAGAGUCAUCCCCGUGGAACUGGAUAUUCGGAUCAAGUGAAUCGCUGGAUCAGUCCUUAAGCAUUUUGAAUGAGGUUGAGAAAACCCCUAGUCCCGGGUAUGACCCCCGCAUGCCAUAUGAUCCUAAUAUGAAUACAGACACUCUUGAAAGAAAACAUCCUCCAAACCUUAACCAAGAUAUACAUACGUGAACUUGGAUAGCCUGAUAGCACUGCUCUGUUGAGCCUUGACUCCCCACGUGUAAACGUAGAGAGAUCAGUGUUUCAGAGUUCCCACGAUGAUUUUGUACAAACAAACCAGAAGAAAAGAUGGAUGAAUUGACUAAAUAGGGAAAAGGCCAGACGAACUAAUUUUGUAAUUGCAUUUGGGAAAUUUCUCCCACUACAUCCAAUAUAUAUUACUUGGCGUUCGUAUUGCAUGUUCUAUAUAGAUUACAAGUACUCGUUUCGUU